GCCCAGAACCCGACCCCAGCCUCGAGCGCGGGGCCGCCACCCUCCGGCCGCCUUCCGGGAAAGUCUUAACAGACAUCGAUAUUUGAAUUCUUUAUUUCCUCGUGAAAACUCCACUGCCGUCUACGGAAUAAACCAGUUUUCUUAUUUGUUUCCUGAAGAGUUUAAAGCCAUUUAUUUAAGAAGCAGACCUUCCAGAUUUCCCAGAUACCCAGCGGACAUGCAGAAAGCCAUCCCUAACGUGUCUUUGCCGCUAAGAUUUGACUGGAGGGACAAGCAUGUUGUAACGCAAGUGAGAAACCAGCAGGCGGACCAGCACUUUAUUCUUCUGGUCUUGUUUGUCCGAAUUACCAGAUCCAACAUCAGGAAACUCGUCAGCCAGUAUUUCAGGGAGGAAGGAUCCGUAUGGGUUUCCACUGUGAGACGUUUCGAUGCAUUCAUGAUGUGCCCGCGCUGGCAACCGGAUAGACUGGAAACUCGUUCACGGAGCCCUGUGGUCAGCGUCUGUGCUCUGCCGGCCUCCGGACCCUGCUCACUUGACCCGGCUCGCUCGCGCGGGACGUCUAGAGGCGCGGUGAGCUGGGUGUGGGGGCCCUGGCUGACGGGCACCGCUCUGUCUCCCCGGCCGCAGUGCGGCGGCUGCUGGGCUUUCAGCGUGGUGGCGGCCGCCGAGUCCGCGCGCGCCAGGGCGGGGCAGCCUCUGGAGGCCCUGAGUGUCCAGCAGGUCAUCGACUGUUCCUACAACAACUACGGCUGCAGCGGAGGGUCCACGCUCAGCGCCUUGAACUGGCUCAGUAAGAUGCAAGUGAAGCUGGUGAGCGACUCGGAAUACCCGUUUACAGCCCAGAACGGCCUGUGCCGCUACUUUCCAGCUUCACAUUCUGGAUUUUCAAUCAAAGGUUAUUCCGCGUACGACUUCAGUGACCAAGAAGACGAAAUGGCAAAAGUGCUCCUUACCUCAGGCCCCCUGAUAGUGAUAGUGGAUGCAGUGAGCUGGCAGGAUUACCUGGGCGGCAUCAUACAGCAUCACUGCUCCAGCGGGGAGGCAAAUCACGCCGUUCUCGUGACCGGCUUUGACCGAACAGGAAGUCCUCCAUAUUGGAUUGUGCGGAACUCAUGGGGAAGUUCGUGGGGAGUUGACGGCUAUGCCCACGUUAAAAUGGGAGGUAACGUUUGUGGCAUUGCGGAUUCUGUUUCUGCUGUGUUCGUGUGAGGUCGAGAGACGGCUGCCAACCUGAAGGUUCAUGUGGCAUACUUGCGGUAGGAUUGGAGAGGUGACAAGAACUUCUUUUCCUCAUGGAAUAUAAUGGCCAGCCCCAGCCGCCCGUGUACAUGAGAACAGCCAGCCUUGAAGGAUGUGCGCCUCUCACAGUUGGAUGUGCGGCCCUCCGAGGUGAACUCUCGUAAGAAUUUUCAAGUGCCAGUUGCUUUACCCCAACAGACGAUGCUUACCCCUUGGCCUGUGCAGAGAUCACGUAGAAAGAAGCAAAAGACAAAGCCACUUUGAAGAGAAGCAGCCAGCCCGACUGAAAUUAGAUGACCGAUAUGGCCGCCACGAGACAGGAAAGUCUUGCGUAGCUUUGCCUCGGAGACAGAUUGCUGUUUGGAACUUUCCCUGCCAGUAGGAGUCCAAUAGAUCUUAUUUCCGCCUUUGUUCUCCCUGGAUUGAAGAACAACGUGUCUGCCCGUAUUUCUCACUCUUUCUCUUGCUCUUGACUGUGAAACCUCUCAAUUUUCCUGGUGGUCUGGCCCCCCUGGCCACCAGGAAAGAGGGAUCAUUGUUUACUUUCCAUUUCCAUUUCAUAACCAUUUAUUUGGCUCCAUUUCUCUAAGCCUUUGUCCACCUCAGGACCUCACUCAGUUGUUCCUCCACCACUUGGAGGCACCACCCUUUUCAGAGUUCAAUCUCAUUAAUCUGGGAUGUCAGCCAACAUGUGAGUUUCCCAGCCUCUGUUUUCCCAGUUAUCCCCAGACUCCUAUCCCAAAGGAGCUUUUGAUGCUCCCUUUGGCUGUCCCCUGGUCCUGGGUUCCUGAUGUCCAUCUGUCGCUUCUCUGUCACCUGUGUGGCUGUGUAAGAACCCAGAGCAUGAAAAGCUCUCUUCUGGACUAUAGGUUCAAUGGUACCAUGUGCGCAACUGUAAGAAAGUUGUAUCAAGUAAUACACGUACACGUAUCUCUCCUCUAAAACUCAUGGUUGCGUUCCAAUGUAGACCAUCUUAACAGAAGCAAAGUUGUGAAGGUUGCAACAACCGCUGAAAAAACAAUUGAGAACAUCCCAUUUUUUCUCUCACUGUUGGCCUUUAUUUAUCAAACCUCUUAUUAGAGAAAGAAAAGCAAAAGCAAACACUGUAUUUCUUUCUUUUCUUUACACCAACUGAAAGCAGUUUAAAAAGAGCGUGUGUUGACUCGGGUUUGGAAAUGUUCCAGAAUGACAAAUUGAUAUACAAUUUGGUGAAUGCUCUCCUUAUCCAAGUAUGCCAGAAAGGAACUAUGUCUUGGUUGGUCUAGUUUGUGUUAAUUUACUGAUUUCUGUAAAAUAUGAACUCUUUUCUGGUAGUCUUUUACAAACGAUAGAUAUUUUUAAUUACAAGGUGUGCCCUACCUCUCAGCUCUUCUGGAUUCUGAUGACGUUUAUAAUAAAACAACCUGCAUUUGA